CCUUGGUAUAAAACGUACCGUUCGAACAUUUCACCCCAUCAUUUUGAUUCCAAAACCGCACCAGUGACAUACGGACGAUACGGAUUUUUGUUAUAAAGGUUUACAGCUAUAGUAAUUUGCUAGCAGUUUCGUCUAGUGCUAAAACGAACAUAUUGAGAAUCUUCGCAAUGUCUCGACACAUGAACAUGAUCUAUAAGCGCAAUUCUCGGAAGCGUGCGAAGGAUCGGCAGAAGACGAUUUCUCCGAAGGUACGAAGAACGAUUGCUGGGCAAGAACGAGAUCAAGACGACAUGCUAGGGGUUAGAGGUAAUACGCUUUUAACUGAUUGGGACGCUGGAGAAGGACCUUCGACUCGAGGUAGGAAAUUCAAUUCAGUUUAUAAUGAGGUCAGCAAGUUUUCACAACUGCAUAUACUUGUCGCUGUUAUAACAUGUUUUCAAGCAUAUAAAUUUGAUAAUAUCUAUAUUAUACUCGGUUUUUGUACCUCUUAUUCACAGUAAGGCAGUAAUGUAGAGCUCUACUUACGGCUGUACAUUGGCCUACCCGAUCAAACGAUUAUAACAAACGGAUAACACAAACAUAUCUGAACUUGAUAGAAAUAACAAAGCCUGUAAUAUUUUUGAUAUGCCAGAAUGGUAAAAAGUACAAAAUUAUAUCAAAUUCUGUUACCAUACACUUGAAUGUUCAAAAGUGUGUUUUUCUAAAGCAUAUUUAAAACAAAACUUGUUAUUCAAUCAAGAAAAUAUUGUACAUUCUAACUAAUUCUGAUCUUUUUCUGCCGAAAAUCUACAAAACUUGCUAUAAUUUGUUAUAAUCAGUAAAUGAUUUUGAUAGAAAUUUUGAUAUUUUAACUAUUAACGAGACCAAGCUUAGAACACAAGUUGAUGCGAAAAGUGCGUUACAAUAUAUCAAGAUUUGUUAUAAUCCUGAUAUUUUUGACUGAUCGGGUACGGCCGGGCGAAUCGGUUCGCGCCGCUUUUCGCGUCUACUAUGACAAAGGCCUAACUAAAUUAUAGAGUUACUAUAAAGUGUAUUAUGCCAUCCAUUGUUCAUAAACUUUACUGAUAAUAACCCACAACUCAAAAAUUAUAAUUUUGAGAAAAACGCGUUGGAAAGUUAUCUUUGAAAGUUUCGUUCAAACUUAAAAGAAAACUCGAUUUCAAAAUUAUCAAUCGUCAUUCAACUUUCUGUGUCUAUUGUGUACAUAUUAUGAGCACGUUGCAGUAGUUUCAACCGUGUUUUAAUUUUAACUACCUUAAUCACGAAAUUUUGGUUCUAGCAGCAAAAGCAUUUCUACUCACAAUUCUGAUUUUUUUUUUUUGUAAAUUUUUGAACGGAUUUUUGUGGAAACAAACUUAACAGUAUUUGGCAUAAUGUUUAUGUGUCAAAAUUGUAUAUUCGUGUGAAUUGUGUAUUAUAGAUUUUCCUGCAGUGCAUUCACAUCAUGAUGGGCUAAGCCAUGUGCAAAAUGUCCGCGUUGGGCUUGUUGAUAAUUGUAUUCCGGUCACGCAGUUUCAUGAUCUACCAACGGUCAAUGCUGCGUCACCAGUACACAAUUUGUUUGACAAUUAUCGCGAAACCAUUCGUUCACCAUGUUUUACUCAAGAAACUUCCACCGCUAAUGUUGUACCCGUGCAAUCCAUAAGCUUUUUGCCUGUAGACACUUCGUUUCCUGAGCCAUUGCAUCAGAGUGAGUGUUAGAUUAUUUUCUUAAAAAUUCAAUUUACCUGUGGAUAAUAUUUUUAUGUAGCAAUUCCCUCGCAACCACCGUCUCAAGUACAGCCCCGUUUCGAGCGAGCCACACGAGAGUUUGAUAAACGAUUCCUCGGAAACGAGUUUGGUCACCCUUGUGAUGUGUGCGAUAGGCUUUGGUUCUUAAACGACUUAAAGCCCACAAAUAGUGCCGGAACGAAUAUGCUGGUGGCCACCAACGGUUUUGGCUCAGUUGAAGGGUUUUUAGCCUGCAACACAUGUCGACAAAGUCUAAAACGAGGCGUAAUCCCAACGUUGUCAAAAUCAAACGGUUUUACCUACCCAAAAUACCCGUCGAGCUUACCGGCAUUAGAUCCACUGACUGUGAGAUUAAUAUCGCCACGGAUCAACUUUAUGCAACUUCGUCGGUUGCGUCACACAGCAGGUAGCCUGACGAUAAUUGGGCAGAUUAUUAAUGUGCCAGUCGAUGUUGCUCAGAUGGUGAGCAAGCUCCCACGGCAACUAGAUGAUGAUUGCGCCUUCAACGUGAAUCUAAAGAAACACAUGAUUCACAAAUCGAACUAUCUGAGUGGAUACGUGAAGAAGGCAGCUGUGAAAGCUUGGCUGAAAUACCUCUUGCCUACUCCGCUCUACCGGCAGUAUGGUAUUGUACUGGAUGAGGAAAAUCUGACGGCUAUCGGAUCAGCACCGCAGCAACCUGGAACAUCCCGGCGGAUGAAUACCAUGGUUGAUAUAGAGGUCGUAGAUGAUUCAAACGAGACAGAAUUGCUCAUUGGCCAACAACAUACAUUGCUAUGGGAUGAAGAUAAAUGUUUGGAAAUCGCUCCAGCACAAAAUCGGACGCCGCUGUCUAUUAUUUACGAUGAACAUGCUGAAGAAUUGUCUUUUCCGGAUAUUUAUCUGGGCCAUCCGCGUACAUUUAAUCCGGAAAUCCACGUUACAGCCUUUAUGAUGGCAACCAGCGAGAUACGCCGUCGUGAUCGACGUGGUGCGAAACCCGAACACGUUUUAUAUGUAGGCAUGAAAAUUAUGCGCUUGCGUGUUUCGGAAGGGUUGCGAAACACUUUUAAGUGUAUGGGAACGACAAAUAUCACACGCGCACAGCUCAGCGAUAAGCGGUUCCUGGAAACUUGUAUCGAGCGGAAUCUGUCGUUUCUUCAAAGCAUUCCGAAUUCAAUCCAAUAUUGGAUGAAGAGGAAACGGGACGUGUUCGCAAUGAUUCGACAGCUCGGUAAACCAACAAUGUUUUUAACACUGAGUGCAAAUGAAACUCGCUGGUCACAUCUAUUGAAAAUUUUGUACAAGCUAUCCAGUAGAUACAGUGGCACAGAUUUACACGACGUAAUGCAACAGUUAACGGCACUACAACGAGCAACACUAGUGAGUGAAGACCCCGUAACAUGUUGUAUCUACUUCAAUAAGAUGGUCAAUGUAAUCAUGCAACUGCUGUCGUCAUCUAAAUACAGUCCUUUUGGAGAAUACAAUGUUAUAGACUAUUUCAAAAGGAUCGAAUUUCAACAUCGUGGUAGCCCUCACGCCCAUAUUUUGCUUUGGCUAAGAAACGACCCUCGUGAAAGCAUUUCCGAGGAAAUGCCGUUGACCAUUCGUUUGAUCGAUCGACUUUGUUCCACAAGCGUUGAAGAUCUGCCAGACUCAUAUGGCAAUCAGGUUCAUAAACAUACGUUCACAUGUUUUAAACGCAAUGAGAAGCAAUGCCGGUUUAAUAUACCUUUUUGGCCAAUGGAUCAAACACGUGUGUUGAUCCCAAUCUCGUCCGAUGAUACUCGCCGUGAUCAACUGAAACGACACUGUACAAAGCUACGUGAAGUGUUGGAAACCAAAGUUUUCGACACAUUCGCAGAGUUUCUUGCUGACAACAACUGCACGUACGAGUAUUAUCUCGAUGUGAUUCGCUCUUCGCUAAACCGACCUACCGUCAUGCUCAAGCGAUCCAUGACUCAAUUAUGGACAAAUCCAUUUAACUCUUGGAUUGCUAAAACACUGAGUUCGAAUAUGGAUAUUCAAUUCAUUCUAGAGGAGUUCUCGUGUGCGGCUUAUGUCGUUGAAUAUGUUAAUAAAUCGAAUAGAGGCAUAAGCAGUUUACAUCGAGACCUCAUAAAGCUUCAGUCUGUAUAUCCGGAUGAAGAUUAUACAGGACUUUUGAAGAAGGUGAGCAUCAAAAUGCUAAAUUCGGUGGAGCUGUGCGCACAAGAAGCUGCUUGGUAUUUGCUCCGACAACCGAUGUCAGAAAGUAGUCGCCAGGUCGAAUUUAUACCAACGAUGUGGCCCCAUGAGCGGAUAAAAUCAAGAAAGUGUAACAAACAGAUGGACGAGGAUGGUAUUGAAAGCGAUUCUUCUGAUGUUUGGAAGUUGAAUAUCGUCCAAAAAUAUGAAGCACGAGAAGAAUUAGACGACAUAUGUUUGGCUGAUUUUGCAGCCUAUUACAAUAAAGUAAGAGGUGCUGGUAAUUCAUACAAAAUACGUUCCUUGCCCCGGGUGUUACGCUGGCGUAACUAUGAUAUGUCGGAGCUUUCUGAAUACAAACGAGAGAUGGUACUUUUGUUCUGGCCCUUCAGAAACGAAGUGUGCGAUAUACUCGACAGCAACAAGUUCCUUCAGUUAUACGAGGAAAACGAGGCUGCCAUUCUUAGAAAGCUAAAGGAAUACGAUACUGAAUUGAACCUAGAACGGACCGUUGAAGAGUACCUUCGAAUUAAUGCUGAAAAUGAUGAGCAACAUGACACCGCAACCAGAAAACGUGAUGAAUAUGCUCGAGCCAUCAUAAUGGAACCGAAUGAUGACGAUAUCACGUAUUUGCCAGUCGGACCCAUGGCAGCUGUCGUUAAGCAGAGGACGAAUGUGAUGUCGAAGCAGGAUUACUGUAACAUGGUGCGUACAACUAAUCCAGAGCAGAGGGAUUUGAUUCUGCAACUAAUUCAUAAGUUGCAUAGUUUCGAUGUGGAUGAGAAACCGUUGCAGAUAUUUUUCACUGGACCGGCGGGAUGCGGUAAGACGUUUACGCUUCGGAUCUUGAUGGAGACCGUAAACCGCUUCAGUCAGGCGCAUAAUAGCCAACACAACGCAUAUGUUGCAUGUGCCUCAACGGGUAAAGCGGCCAUUGCUAUUGAUGGAACUACGGUGCAUUCAGCGUUCCGAAUAACGAUGUCACGAAGGCAGAGUUCAAAGCUGAGCUUUGAAGCUUUGCAACUAUAUCGCAAUGCUUUUGCCAACGUGAGAGCUGUCAUCAUAGAUGAAGUCAGCAUGAUUGGUGCUGACGUGCUUAAUACCAUCCACAGCCGCCUCCAGGAAAUCACGGGGAAUUAUAACGAUCCGUUCGGAGGAAUGUCGAUUGUCUUCUGUGGUGACCUGAGGCAACUACCUCCAGUAAACGCGCGGCCAGUUUACAAACCGUGUGCAAAUUCAAUGCACGGAGCUAUACUCUGGCAGUCACUAGACUUCUUCCCGCUGGUGAGAGUCAUGCGCCAGACUAAUGAGCAAUUCUCCACAAUCCUUACCAAGAUCGGAAACGGGGAACGGCUGGUCCCGGACGAGAUUAAGCUAAUUGAAAGUAGAUUCCGAACAGCUGAGUGGUGCAAGCAGAAUGUACCAGGUGCUAUUCGCCUGUUUCAUCGUAAUGCUGACGUUGAACGCUACAAUUCCGAAGCACUAACCGAUCGAGAUGCAGUGGACUGUGUGGCUGACGAGGUAUACUCUGGAUACAGGAACGCUUCGCAGUUGGCCAGCGCACGCACCAAAAUGAAUAAGAUGAGUGUUGUGGAGACUGGAGGUUUGGGAUACAUAUUGCGACUUGCCGUUGGAACGCCAUACAUGAUCACUGUAAAUGUUGAUGUUGAGGAUGGUAUCGUAAAUGGCGCUAUCGGUGAACUACAAUAUGUGGAGCACACUGAAGACGAUCUUCAGCAGCCAAUCACCAAGCUUUGGAUCAAAUUUGAAAAUGAUUCUAUAGGAAAGACAUUAAGAGUCAAAUCGAGGCCUCAUGUGUGUUCUAAGCCUGGCGUACUUCAAUCCAACUGGACUCCAAUCAGCAAGCGAUCGGCAAACAUUUCGUUAGGCGCCAGCAUUAAAUGCAAGCGAAUUCAAUUCCCCGUGGUGAGCGCAAAUGCUCUUACUGUACAUAAAUCUCAAGGUGGCACGUUUUCGGAAAUUGUGUACGAAUACGACAAGGGGCAAGAACAGCAGCUAGUGUAUGUUGGGUUGUCCAGAGUAACAGCCAUCGAAGGGCUUUAUUUGACCAAUGCCAAAGACAUGUUUCAAUUCUUCCACGCAAAAGGAACCGCUUCACCAAGAGCUCAGGAUUUACGAACAGAACUGCAACGAUUGUCCAACCACCAGUUGCGUACCAUCGGGAAAGAGAUUAUUGACGCGAUCCAGACUCAUAACGUAGCUUGCAAAGUGAUGAGUGUUAAUGUGCAGAGUCUCAAUGCACACUUAUUAGAUGUGACCUCUGACCAGGUACUGAUCCGCGCAGAUUUGCUAGCUCUCAGUGAAACAUGGCUUGAAGAUGACGCAUUCGUUGAAAUUGCUGGAUUCAACUUGAUUACUCAAUCCAAACGUGCUGCUGUCAGAGCCGGCGGCGUGGCGAUUUACCAGCGCAUGGAACUGUUGACUGCUACUGCACACACCAUCGAGAAACUUAGUGAACACCACGACGAGCAACUAUUGAUUGCAGACCACUAUGGUGAUAUAUGUGUAGCUGAGAUCACUAUUAGUAACACCAGAGUAUUACUUUUCUGUGUGUACAUUUCACCAGAUACUACGACCAAACAGAAGAAAUUUUUCCUGACACGCAACCUUAUGAUGUACUCUCGAACAGAUAUGCCCAUAGCUGUCACUGGGGACUUCAAUAUCGACAUCUCCAAACAGGAGAAUAUUGAGUUUGUUGACUUCAUGCAGAAGUAUCUUCAUUUGAAUUUAGUUUCUGACCGUACUCAAGCAACAACAUUAGGAGGCUCAUGUUUAGAUUUGACGUUCACAAGAAACCUCCGUUCCGAAUGUAUGAGGUACUGCUCGUAUUUUUCAUACCACAGGCCUAUUCUAUCUUUGCUGACAGUAUGAAUAAAUAUGUGGACUUCAAAAAAAUUUCAACCCGAUUAAGCCAUUGGAGACAAAUAACAUGGAAAUACAUAAUCAUUGCCCGAUUUACACAGAACUCAAACAUCGUUAAACGUCUUAACCCGAUGGAGCCAUUGGAGGCAAAGAAUAUGGCUAUAUAUCGUAAUAUUAUGAUAAGCUUUGAACCUCGAAAAUUUCGUUUUUGUCAUGACCCGAUUAAGCCGCUGAAGGCAAAGAACAUGAAAACACAUCGUCAGAACCCGAUUUAUACAGAACUCAAACAUCGUUAACCCCUCUUUACCCGAUGGAGCCAUUGGAGGCAAAGAAUAUGGCUAUAUAUCGUAAUAUUAUGAUAAGCUUUGAACCUCGAACAUUUCGUUUUUGUCAUGACCCGAUUAAGCCGCUGAAGGCAAAGAACAUGAAAACACAUCGUCAGAACCCGAUUUAUACAGAACUCAAACAUCGUUAAACGUCUUAACCCGAUGGAGCCAUUGGAGGCAAAGAAUAUGGCUAUAUAUCGUAAUAUUAUGAUAAGCUUUGAACCUCGAAAAUUUCGUUUUUGUCAUGACCCGAUUAAGCCGCUGAAGGCAAAGAACAUGAAAACACAUCGUCAGAACCCGAUUUAUACAGAACUCAAACAUCGUUAACCCCGUCUUUACCCGAUGGAGCCAUUGGAGGCAAAGAAUAUGGCUAUAUAUCGUAAUAUUAUGAUAAGCUUUGAACCUCGAACAUUUCGUUUUUGUCAUGACCCGAUUAAGCCGCUGAAGGCAAAGAACAUGAAAACACAUCGUCAGAGCCCGAUUUAAACAGAACUCAAACAUCGUUAACCGUCUUUACCCGAUGGAGCCAUUGGAGGCAAAGAAUAUGACUACAUAUCGUAAUAUUGUGAUAUGCUUUGAACCUCGAAAAUUCGGUUUUUGUCAUGACCCGAUUAAGCCGCUGAAGGCAAAGAACAUGAAAACACAUCGUCAGAACCCGAUUUAUACAGAACUCAAACAUCGUUAACCGUCUUUACCCGAUGGAGCCAUUGGAGGCAAAAAAUAUGACUACAUAUCGUAAUAUUGUGAUAUGCUUUGAACCUCGAAAAUUCGGUUUUUGUCAUGACCCGAUUAAGCCGCUGAAGGCAAAGAACAUGAAAACACAUCGUCAGAACCCGAUUUAUACAGAACUCAAACAUCGUUAACCCCGUCUUUACCCGAUGGAGCCAUUGGAGGCAAAGAAUAUGGCUAUAUAUCGUAAUAUUAUGAUAUGCUUUGAACCUCGAAAAUUCGGUUUUUGUCAUGACCCGAUUAAGCCGCUGAAGGCAAAGAACAUGAAAACACAUCGUCAGAACCCGAUUUAUACAGAACUCAAACAUCGUUAACCCCGUCUUUACCCGAUGGAGCCAUUGGAGGCAAAGAAUAUGGCUAUAUAUCGUAAUAUUAUGAUUUGCACAGAACUUAGAAACAUCUGUAAGCUUGCUAACCUAACAAUGGAGCGAAACAUCAGUUGGUAUCAGAAAUGUAUAUAGGUGUCUAACAAAGAUUUUAAUAUCUCGAAAUUUUA